AUGCCGUGCUGCAACGCGAUUACACCAUCGGCGGAAGGACGUGGGGCCGGCCUGCUUCGGCAUCGCCGGUCGCCCCCCUACGGGCCGGUGGCAGCGUCGACGCAUCAGGCAUGA